AUAAUAUCAGUACUUCACAUCAGACAACUGCCCCACACACUCCCCUUAGAUUAAGUUGCGCCAGUCAGUAUAAGCACAAGGAAAUGAGCCAGCAUCCAUGUGUGCCAGUUUUUACUGGAUAUCAGCGACAACACAUUGUGGAGAAGACUUCUAAUUUGACUGAAGUUUGGAUUGGCACUCUCGUAGCUGUCCUGCUCCAAGAUCAGGUUGGGCUUAAUGCAGGAGCAAUACAAUAAUAACAUCGGAAAGGAUGGAUUCUUUUUUAACAGAAUUGUUGUGGGUACUCAUAUUCUCCACCUUCUUCACCUGCAUCGCAAGCUGCCCCAGCAUCUGCGAGUGCUCUCCCAACGGCAUCGUCACGUGCACCGGAAAUAAUAUUAUCGAUACACCAAAACAACUGCCUACUCACAUGUAUAAACUGCAGUUGAGCGGCACAAACAUGCACAUCAUAAAUGAGCGGAGCCUGGAGAAAAUGGAGCUAAUGUUGCGUUUUAGUUUAACUUUUAGCCACCUCCAUACUGUCCAUCCCCAGGCUUUUCGUGUCGCUCCGCAGCUCAAGUCUCUCCAGCUGUCAUUCAACGAUCUUUACGCACUCGAUGCAAGAGUUUUUAGCCCACUGGUCACUCUGGAGGAGCUGCAUUUAAAUAGGAACCAACUGGAGACCAUUCCUGCCGAAUUGUUUCAAGGACUCAUUGCUUUGCAGGAUAUAAACUUGAGCCACAACAAAUUAUCCAGUGUUCCUUCAGGGGCUUUCAGGGGACUGAGAAACCUUGAAAUCCUGAACAUUGGCAGUAACUACUUGAAAACACUUUCCCCUACCAUCUUUCGCUCCUUGAUCAACCUGAACAAGCUCAGCAUCCAUAGAAACCAAUUAGAGAGGUUAGAAGCUGGGAUCUUUGAUGGACUGGUGAACCUUGAGUAUCUCCAUAUCUACUCCAACAUGAUAGCCACUAUUCCCCCGGAGGUGUUCUGGUCACUGAGGAAUUUGAAGAAUCUCACCUUAUCGAACAACCAGCUUCAAUUUGUCCCAGAGAGGAGCUUCUACAACAUGCCCAAACUAUCGAAGCUGACCCUUUACAAUAACCCACUCGUAUCUCUACCGGAUGAGCUGAUGGGGCACAUGCCUGGAAUGACAGAAUUUUACCUAUAUGCCACAAACCUCAUCACAGUGCCUGGAAAUCUGUUUGCCAACAUGUCUGGGCUGCAGACUCUAAACCUCCAUUUUAAUGACAGGCUAAGUGUGCUGCCGCCAAACUUGUUUUGCUGUAUUCCUCAAUUGCAGAAGCUCUCACUGAAAUCCAACAAUCUCCAGCAGCUGCACCCGCAACACUUUUCCAGAUUAAACAAACUGGAUAUACUACUCCUCAAUAACAACACCCUCAAGAACCUACCGGAAGACAUAUUCCAGGAGCUCGGACAACUUACCCUGUUGGAUUUGAAGGACAACCAGCUCAAAAACCUUCCAGAAGAUAUUUUCAUGUCCAAUACAUUUCUAAAGGUUGCUUUGAGUGAAAACUCGUGGGACUGUACCUGCAGCAUCAGAGGUUUUGUAAGAUGGAUAAAACAGAAUAAGCAUGUAGUUCUUGACAGUCAAGAUGUAAUGUGUCACACUCCGAAGUACCAAAUACUCCGUACCCUUGACUCUCUACAUGAUGAGGAACUGAACAAUUGCAACGUUACAACAAUCACUCCAAGCUGCACUCAAGGGUCGUCUCCGACAACCCUUUCAGCUACCGAAGCGGUUGCCUCACACCGAGCCCAAACCAGCGUCGAACCAGAUGAGACUUCCUUCAUCGAUGACAUUUCACCGCCUUUUUAUGACAUGCUAGUAGUGGAACAGGGCCUCAACUUCGUCCACCACAACUAUAUUAGCGGUUGGGUGUAUGUGUGGUUUUUGCCCUCAAAUGCUGUCCUGACAGGCUUCCUCACAUUUUCUCAUGUCCUUCUUGUGGCCACAGGCUUCUUCCUCAUCCUUUGCAACAUGUAUGGUAUGCAUCUGGUUAGUAAGAGGGUGGAGGAGAUAAAGGCACUAUAUGUACACAUUUAAGGGGUUGAGAGAUGUUUAUCAGGUGUUGUACAUGAGUAGAGUGGCAAAUGUUCGGAGAAAAUGAUUUAUAAAUGUGUUAUGAUUAGUCACACUUUGUUCUUUUGCAAUACCGUAGCUUAAAAACAAUCCCGAGUAAUACAUGUGCAUAUUUUCUCAUAGAUGUAAAACUUCACACACUUGUAUGCAAUUUAACCGCACCGUCUUUCAAACAGCCGGCAAUGGAUCAGCCCUUUCUAAGCCUGAGUAUUGUAAAACUGCUGAGAUGCAUUUUUUUUUCUCAGUUCAUUUUAAAUGACUUUUGUUUUUCUGAUUACAUUCUUAAAUAAGGGAUAUGAAACACUCUUUCAAUAUUUGACUUGUACUUUUACAUUGACCAGAAUGAACACACGCCAAGAGUCAGUUCCCCUUUUGGGAGUGCAUACGGUAUAUUUUUAGUCAUCUGAAAAAUGCUGUUCAUAGAAGUGCACUUGGGGCUAUGAUAGGACUAUCACACUUCCUUAUUGGGUGAGAAGGACAGAGAGCAGAUAUUUCCCAAUCGAGAGUCAAGACGUUCAAGACAAUUAGGAAGCUAAAGGGGAUUCACUUUUUGAUCAUUUCUGUUGAGGAAAAUUCCAUGUGGAGCAUGUGUUCAUAACUACAUUGUACAUCCGGGACAAUUCUCGUAAUAAUAAGCAUAAUCAUAUAAAUCAUUUAACUUUUGGGUAUGGUCUUCGAAGCUUUCAAAAUGGGUUCGACUUUUAUAUAAUGACUGCAGAUGCCACAAAUUCCAUAACUUUAAAACAAAAAGCCAACAAUAGGAGGAUGAAUUUCUGAGCUGCUCCCAAGUUCAUUGCCAUGACAACAGGUGAUUAGGACUUUCCAGUACGCUGCUUUAACACAACAGGAGCUAUAAACGCGCUCCCACAACAAACACACACACACACACACACACACACACACACACACGCACACACACGGCAGAGGAAAUGGUGCAGUUGAAAACAAGCGGAAAGUUAGCAAAAAAGCGGUGACUCAUGGGAUGAAAGUCUCAUUGGACAAGAGUACAGUAAUUUCCGAGUAAUCAUAAGUCAGGCAUUUUUCCAUUUUUGCAAGUCCUGUUGAGUAUCACAUUGUAAAUUCCAGCAACGGAGGUUUUGAUCUACUUGGUAGCCUUCUAGUUAUUGAUGACCACGACAGCAUUGCUUUAAAACAACAAAUCUUUUGGUGGACCAAGACUUUUGUAUUGUACAUGGAGUAAAAUCUUCAGUAGUGUUUAAAAAUAUUCUGUGUUCGAUUGUUCUUAAGUGUUUAGAAAUCUUCCAAAUGUGUUUUAUCAAAUCUGUUUUAAUCAGUAUUCCUAUAAUUUUCUGAAUUAAUACAAAUAAAAAUCAUUUGAAGAUGUUUAAACUGUCA